AUGGCGGCCAGCAACGGAGCAACAGCUAACUUUGCUGGUGUAAGGCCAGGAUGUGAAAAGCAGUGUGGCGAUAUAACAGUUCCAUUCCCUUUCGGUAUUGCCAAGGGUGACGACAGAAGUUGUUCUCUAAACGACGCGUUCUCCUUGACAUGCAACACUUCUUCUGAUAGAACGGCCCCAGAGUUGUAUCUAGGAUCAAACCUCAACUUAAAUUUUGUACACAGCAUUUCAGAUUCAGAGCUGCGCAUCAAGACUGGGAGUAUUGGGGUUGCUUAUCGAUCGUACAAUCCAGAUGGGAGUAUAUAUGAUAGCAUGAGUGCUUGGAGUAUGUUAGAAGAUGAUCGGUUCACUUUAUCGGAAAAGAACAAGUUCACGGUCGUCGGAUGUGAUGAUUAUUCAUUGAUCAAAGGCAGAAGUUUAAAAGCACCGACAUUGGAAGAUGACUUUUCAAGUGGCUGUAUUACUUCAUGUAUCAACGACCAAUCGGGUAUAGCUAAAGACGGCAAGUGCUCAGGAAAAGGCUGUUGUGAGAUAUCUAUGCCAAAGGGUCUCCGAGAUUGGCGCCUUGAACUAGAUAGCUUUGGGAACCACACAGAUGUUUCGUCCUUCAACCAAUUUGGAUUAGCAUUUCUUGGUGAGAACGGUACUUUUGAGUUUCGUGGAGCUACUGAUUUAGCAAAUAUUAGGGGGUUAUAUAAGAGGAUAUGGGACACUGUCCCUGUAGUGGUAGAUUGGGUACGUAAUUGCACCCAACAAAAGCUGCUCACCAGAGGUUACAGAAUGCAAAGGCAUGUACAGUGAAUGCUAUGAUGUUGAUAAAGAAGAAGGUGGCGGGUAUCGUUGCAGAUGCAAACAAGUUUACCAGGGUAAUCCAUAUCUUGAACACGAUUCAGGCGGCUGCCAAGACAUCAACGAAUUCGAGGAUCCAGGAACCUACCCUUGUUACGGUGUCUGCAAUAAUACUCUAGGGAGUUACAGUUGUACGUGUCCAUCGGGAUCUGUUGGUAAUGCGACAAAAGAAAAUGGUUGUCCUGGAGGCUCAAACAAGCCCGUAGUAUACAU